AUGCAUUUGAAUGACCAAUUCUUCAUCUCACACAAGCAUCAGGCAGAUGAUGGGCUGCCAAAUCUUGAAGAGCUACAGGAGAAGAAUCAUGCAUUAGACGACGGCGCAUCAAUGUCUUCCGUAGUCCGCACGCCGCCAUUCCAGCCGGGAAAGCAUAAGCCGCAACAAGCAUUAUUCCUACCUGAUGACCUUGAGACCUUGACGAAGCUGGUGUCGCAAGUCAGAAUCAGCUCUGAAGUAAGAGCCUAUCUAUACAACAUUAUCGUGUUCAUGCGGCUGCAUCGAGCAGUUGCAGGAGGCAUCUCUGCUUUGGCCACGAGGCACUUCAACACGCUGGCACACACGCUCGCCCCACUCCACGGCCUCGAUUACAUUUCACCGUCCAUGAUCGCCCUUGCCGCUCGCAAGAUAUACCCACAUCGCAUCGUCAUUACUGCACCAGAGAACGAGCGCAGCAUGCAAUGGGGCAGCUCGCUCGAGGCAGUCAAGGCUGUCCUUGAAGGUGUCACGGUUGAGGAUGUGAUCGAGGAAGUGCUAGAAUCAGUCGUCUUCGAAGGCGGAUAUAGCGGCCAUCGUCGCAAAGCCUCGCUCGCUCCCCCACCCUCUGGCAAGAUGACGUCCCGCCCCGAGAACGGUCGCCGUACCACCGCGUGUAUCGUACACUCCCUUCUCGAAAAGCACGAUGGCUUGCCCGUACAAGAUCACUCCCAAUCGCACGAAGGCCUCGCGCAGGAACGGCGCGUCGACAAAGACCCAGCCUCGGCGCGCUCGGAGCAGACGCAACAUUCGCGGCUGUUGACCAAGAAGGAGCUGUCAGAUAUGGCAUUUGGGAUACGCGAGCUGUCCAAGAAGCUGUCACAGAUCAGGCUGAAGCUGCAUGUGAAGAACAUCUUCAUCCUCGGCAAAGCGCACGACGAGGCCUUGAUCAAGAACUCGCGCGAGGUGACCGACUGGCUUCUGCGGAAGAGCUCGGAGCAUACGGUCUACGUCGAGCAGACGCUGGAGGACAACAAGAUCUUCGACGCUGCUGGGCUGUUGGAGAACGAGGGGUUUCAAGGGCGGCUCAAAUUCUGGACCAACGAGAUGUGCGCUCAAAAGCCACAAACCUUUGACAUUGUCCUCGCGCUGGGUGGUGACGGCACAGUCUUGUAUGCGUCAUGGCUCUUCCAGCGCAUCGUACCUCCAACGAUUUCCUUCUCGCUAGGCUCGCUCGGCUUCCUCACCAAAUUCGAUUUCGAACUAUACCCGCAAUCCCUAUCUACCGCCUUCGCGGACGGUAUCACCGUCAGCCUGCGUCUCCGCUUCGAAGCUACCGUCAUGCGAUCCCAACAACGGGACGGCGAGGGCCGCGAUCUGGUCGAAGAACUGAUCGGGGAGGAAAUCGACGACCACCAUACCCACUACUCCGAUGGUACACAUAACAUCUUGAACGAGGUGGUCGUAGACCGGGGCCCAAACCCUACCAUGUCGUCUAUCGAGCUGUUCGGAGACGACGAGCAUUUCACGACUGUGCAGGCUGACGGGAUUUGCGUGUCUACGCCUACGGGCUCGACUGCGUACAACCUUGCUGCAGGCGGAUCGCUCUGCCACCCCGACAACCCUGUGGUCCUCGUUACCGCCAUCUGCGCACAUACGCUCUCGUUCAGACCUAUCAUCCUUCCCGAUACCAUCGUACUCCGAUGCGGUGUACCGUACGAUGCGAGGACGAGUUCAUGGGCCAGCUUUGACGGCAGAGAGAGGGUCGAACUCAAACCGGGCGACUACGUUACGAUUAGCGCAAGUCGCUUCCCGUUCCCCAGUGUGCUGCCACUGAACAAGAGGAGAACGGAUUGGAUCGAUAGUAUAUCGAGGACGCUACAGUGGAAUAGCAGGCAAAAGCAGAAGGCGUUUAAAGAAUGGACUUCUUAG